AUGUGGUGGGCUACGCCGGACCCCUCGUCUCCCGAGCACACGACCGUGAAGGAUGAGGACGAUGACCCAGUCUUCAUUCCACUUCCCCUAACGACGAAAAAAUACCCACAACAACCAUAUUCCAGAAGGGACCCAGAAUGGCAGGCAUUCAUCAAAUUGUCCAAGGAUCAUCAUGUAGCUCAAAUCGUUCUUGACGCUGCCUCGCGGAACCCUGUGCUCACGGCCAAAGUCGGGAAAAUUAUGGGGGUCGGCAGAUGCUGGAUGGAUAUCGAUUACCCUUAUAUGGCACCACCUGUCUAUGAGCGGACUGGCAUAUUGGUUACGGAUGACGCGAUGGCCUUGGUAACCAUGCCCUACGAUUCAUGGGUCGCAAAACAGAUGGAACGUGUCUUAUGGCCGAAGCCUCUUGCGCUCGGCUUCUGGGCCUUGGGUACGGCGACAGUGAAGCAGACGACCCUCGAAGUUGCAAGGUACUUUGGCUUUGCUUCCGAAGAACCUAGGCGCGCCCAGACGCCUACAAACCCAGCGACUCCUCCUCCUUUACCUUCUGGGCCCGGUCCCGAGGUACAGAAAGCGCUUCAGCAAAUCCGCCAGCAAGCUACUAGACGGCCUGAAGAAGUAAACGACCCGGGGUCCAUGUCUUCCUCGGCGAGUGCGCCAUCGGCCCCCUCUUCAGCGCCCCGCGACAAGCCCAUGCCUGUGCCGGACAAACCGACCCUUGGUCAAAACAAACAGGACACGCCCGAUCAGAAGUCGUGGCUUCAGGAGAUGGUGCUCUCCGUUGCAACCUCCCAACCCUGGAAACAAUUGAAACAAACCUACUCUCGGGAGCAGCGGCCAUUCAAGGCCGACCCUCCUCGGGGAUCCGUUUGUGUCUCGGGACUCGUUGAGCUGGAAACGUCCAAGUCUUAUGUCGUUUUAGACGUCAUGACGUAUUAUGACCCGAAGACCAAUGCGCGUGCCCCGGGAACCACGGCGAUAUACUUCCGGAAAAUUCGCGCAAAACAGCAAACGCCCUUGCGGCGCUAA